AUGGCGGCGACGGUGCCGCCGGCAAAUGACAACCCGGGCAAGCUCGACCCGCCUGCGGACCAGAUUGACAGUGACAUCGAUGCGGAGGGAGAAGAAGAGACGGAUCUGUACCAGAUGGAUCAGCAGCUUCAGGAUGCGGUUCACCGGGCAUACAGCGGAGAAGAAGCCGAGGACAACGGUGACAGCGACUCAAUGCGCGAUGACGCCUAUAGCUAUCGACAGAGUGGCGACAAUGAUGAAACUGAGCCUGUUGGCGCUGUGAAGGUUCCGGAUGAAGACGCGUACUCUGAGGACGAGGAUGCGGACGCUGAUGCGGAUGCCGACCCUGCGUUUGAGGACGACAAUGACCGAGAAGCAUCCAACGCUGAGUCAAGUGAAGCUGAAUCGGAAGUCGAGGAAGAUUGGGAAGCAGAAAGCAAUGGAGGCGAGGAUGCAGAUGCAGACAUUCGCAGCCGCGCAAACUGCAUAUUCUGCACCCAAGACGAAGAACACGACCCGAGCGAGGACUUCGAAGAAUGGCUUACCUGCGUUGUUUGUGGCGAUCACUCUCAUCGGCAAUGCGCCCGCGAACAAGAAGCAUUCAACGAUACUGAAGAUCCGUGGAAAUGUCCCACCUGUGUUCGCAACAAACUGGAGCCAGACCCUGUGGAGAGUCCGACAUCACAACAAAGAUCUGGGACGUCCCAUCUUCCCAAAGAACUUUUACCUGCGCACGUAGGGAAACAAGGUCCGGGAUUCCAUUCCAUAUUCGACACUGCUAUCGACGACGUCAACAGCUCCCGGUCGCUGCGAAAACGGAAAGCCGAGUCGGUCGAAGCAGAGGAACAUGUGCCUGUUCUACGGAAACGACGACGCCAGACGGACGCCUCGGAUGCAAAUGAUGCGCCCUUCGAAGGGAGAGAGGGGGCCGAAGGACACUCCCCGGCUCGGCCCAUGCGCCCUCGGCGAAGCCGUGCGGUCGAGCGUGAGCCUCUACGCGUAGUUUCCAAGCAAGCUGGCAAACUUGUGGUUGGCUUUCGCCUUGAUCAGGGCAAGAUCAGCAACAUCCUUAGCACCCCAAGCCAGGCGCAGCGCGACAGAAAGAAGAAAAAGAAAGCACCAAAACCUCCGGCUGUUCCACAAACACCGCAAGCCCAUUUUGCUCCCAUUCCACCCGCACCCUACAGCCACUUCCACCACUUCCAUGACCGAGACAUCGAUGACUCCAAGUCCAAGCCUUAUGGCGGCAUUUUAUCCGAGUCCGAUGCGGACACAUCCAAGACACUCCCCUUACAAUUUGACCGCGAAAAGUUUGAGCAGGCUCGCCAAAGAGCUGAAGACGAAUGGCAACAGAAGAUCCGAGACGCAGAGCUUAAAGGCGAACCGAAUCCGACUGUAUCGCAGAAAGUGUCCGGUCCGCCCUCAAAGAUCAAGUACAUCAACUUUGGCGGCUACGAGAUUGAGACAUGGUAUGCCGCCCCUUACCCGGAGGAGUACAGUCGCAAUCGCGUUCUUUACAUCUGCGAGUUUUGUCUCAAGUACAUGAACUCGGACUAUGUCGCCUAUCGGCAUAAGCUCAAAUGCCCUGCGAAGCACCCUCCGGGAGACGAGAUCUAUCGCGAUGGCUCGAUUUCGAUCUUUGAGGUUGAUGGACGAAAGAACCCCGUCUACUGCCAGAACCUGUGUCUUCUAGCCAAGCUUUUCCUGGGGUCCAAGACUCUUUAUUACGAUGUUGAGCCAUUUCUGUUCUAUGUCAUGAGCGAGUACGACGAACUGGGAUGUCAUUUCGUCGGUUAUUUCAGCAAAGAGAAACGACCAAGCUCUGCAAAUAACGUCUCCUGCAUUCUCACUCUCCCAAUUCAUCAACGCAAAGGUUACGGUAACCUUCUCAUCGACUUCUCGUACCUCCUUACCCGCAUUGAGGGCAAGAAUGGCUCCCCCGAAAAACCACUCUCCGAUAUGGGUCUGGUAUCAUACCGCAAUUACUGGCGGCUGAUUCUGUCGUAUCAGCUCCGCGACCUGAAAACCCCUGUCAGCAUAGCAGAUCUCUCCGAUCGGACGGGCAUGACGGCAGAUGACAUCGUGUCUGCGUUGGAAGGGUUGCGUGCCCUGGUGCGAGAUCCGCUCACCAAAACCUAUGCCUUCCGCCUUGACAACAGCUACUUUGAAGAGGUGAUCAGCAAAUGGGAGAAUAAGGGGUACGUUCAGCUCAACCCCGAUGCCCUGCUCUGGACUCCGUACAUCAUGGGUCGCAACAACCAAUCGCACUUUGACCGAGCUCCUCUCCAUGCCGUUGCUCCUCGGGACGGUCUCGAGGAGGAAGAGGAAGAGGAAGAGGAAGAGGAGGAAGAAGAGGGCUCUGCUGUGAAUGGAAAUGCUGUCGAUGAACCAGCUGGACCGCCUUCGACCUCUGCCCUUACCAACGGCGUUCACGAGGCCCACAGCACCGAAAGCUUGGAGGCUCCCAUCCCCAACCCGGCGGCUGGCAUCCCUCCCUCCCGAUUCGAGUUGUGGCCUCCUGUUCAUGUCCCCGCCCCGAGCAAAAAGAAGGUUGGCCGUCCUCAUAAAGCCAACGGAUCUCGACCAUCAAUGACGCCGACGACCAUCCGGACAAGCGGCCGCAAUACCCCUCGCAGAGCCUCCGGGUUACCUCACUUCACACCCUCGGGCAGUGUUCGUCGUGGCCGGAGCGCCAAGCUGGGCGACUCACCCGCCAAAACCAAUGGUCUUGACGAGGAGCAGGCCGAUCUUCUUGAUGAAGAGGCCGUCCUCGACCCAAGUCCCGAAGAUCUUGGCCUCGUGAUGGACGAAACUUCAGACAGUGGCAAAGCUCCGAAGGUCAACGGGGACGAUGAGAUCGAAGAUGUGGUGGAGACGAACGGUGUUGACCAUGAGGAGUCCGCACCCGAAGAGCCCCCAAAGACACCUUCGAAAAAGUCAACGUCUGCUUCUCGCUCUCCAGUUACAGCGAUGUCGCAUCGAUCCAGAGGGAAGCAAUCGGAUCAUCACCCCAAGACCCCACAGUCCUCUCCGCGCAAAGCACUGGUGGAGCAGGUCCAAGUAGUGAUUCCCGCCGAGCCCGGCUCAGCCACACGAACCAAGAAGGCCGCAGCGGAGACUAAUGGAAUCGACGUCGAUGUCGAUGCAGAGGGAGAGGAAGACGCGGAGUACGAAGUGGACGGCGACGUGGUAAUGGAGACAUGA